AGCUGUCUGAAGUCAAUAUCUUUCUGACAAAAUCUUCACUAACACACAAAAGAGAAGAGAGAGAGAGAAAGAGAGAACGCAAAAAGCUCUCAAAUCCGCCGUAGCUGAGCUUCCCUUCUCCUUCUUGCACUCUUCUCCACCCUCCAAAUGAACCCUCAAGCUAACAAUCACCGGAAUGAACCCUCGGCGACGGUAGAUCCCACGGCGAGACUCAAUUCAGGCGGAGGAGGAGGAGGAGGAGCUAGGUACAAGCUGAUGUCACCGGCUAAGCUUCCGAUCUCGAGGUCUACUAACAUCACGAUUCCUCCUGGCUUGAGUCCGACGUCGUUUCUUGAAUCUCCAGUUUUCAUCUCCAACAUCAAGCCUGAGCCUUCUCCUACUACUGGUUCGCUGUUCAAGCCCCGGCCAGUGCAUGUUAGCUCAAGUUCUUAUACAGGUAGGGCAUUCCAUCAGAACACCUACACCGAGCACAAGGCCAGUGAAUUUGAAUUCAGACCUCCUGCAUCCAAUAUGGUGUAUGCAGAGCUUGACAAGCAUAAAAGGGAUUCACCAGUACAAUUUCAAGGUCAGGGCUAUGGAUCCUCACACUCACCUUCUUCCAUCAGUGAGGCUGCAGCUUCCUCAAGUGAGCAAAACCGGCCAACCCCUCCUGUUCAGACGCCACCAACGAGCUCAGAUAUUCCGGCCGGAUCUGAUCAAGAAGAAUCAGUCCAGACAUCGCAAAAUGAGUCCAGGGGAAGUGCGCCAACGGUGUUGGCUGAUGAUGGUUACAACUGGAGAAAGUAUGGUCAAAAGCAUGUCAAAGGGAGUGAAUUCCCCCGGAGCUAUUAUAAAUGCACACAUCCUAACUGUGAAGUGAAGAAGCUAUUUGAAACGUCUCAUGAUGGCCGUAUCACGGAUAUUAUUUACAAGAGUACACAUGACCAUCCUAAACCUCAACCUGGUCGCCGAAACUCUGGUGGUGUUGGUAUGGCUGCACAAGAAGAAAGGAUAGAGAAGGGCGUCUACAACUUGUCUCAAGCCAUUGAGCAAACUGGUAACACUGAAGUACCUUCUACAACUGACGAUGGUGGAGACAUUGCAGUGUCAAAUAGGAAUAAAGAUGACCCGGAGGAUGAUGAUCCAUAUACAAAACGGAGGAGGUUGGAUGGGACCAUGGAAAUAACUCCACUUGUGAAACCUAUCCGUGAGCCUAGGGUUGUUGUUCAAACCCUGAGUGAGGUUGACAUACUUGAUGAUGGUUAUAGGUGGCGUAAAUAUGGGCAGAAAGUCGUUAGGGGAAACCCAAAUCCCAGGAGCUAUUACAAGUGCACAGCUCCUGGAUGCCCAGUGAGAAAACACGUGGAGAGAGCAUCACAUGAUCCAAAAGCUGUUAUAACAACAUACGAAGGCAAACACAAUCACGAUGUUCCCACUUCAAAGUCCAGCAGCAACCAUGAAACCCAGCCUCGGUUCAGACCACCAGGUGAUACAGACACCAUAAGCCUCAAUCUUGGUGUUGGAAUCUCGUCUAAUGGACCUAACCACGCUUCCAACGAGAACCAACAACUCGUCAACCAAACUUACCCAAAUGGAGUCGGAUUCAGGUUUGUUCAUGCAGCUCCGAUAUCAACUUACUAUGCUAGUAUGAAUCAGUAUGGGCCUAGAGAUACCCAGAGCGAGACUCAAAAUGGUGACAUUUCGUCCCUAAACCAUUCAUCUUACCCGUAUCCGCAUAACAUAGGGAGAAUACAAUCAGGUCCUUAGAAGACAAAAAGGAAACAACACUCUUCUUAGGUUAUAGGAAUGGAAUGAAUGAGACAUUGUCUCUAUAUGAUUCCUCUUUCACUACAGAGAGCUGAUCUUGAUUAAAACUAUCUCCCACCAUAUAAUAUUUGUAUUUUGUCACCUGUUUUGAAUGUGCUGUAAAAAUUCAGAAGAUGUUAAUGCUUUUAUCAGUAUACUACUUCUAUGAAAACUCUGUUCUUUUUCGUCUUCCUAAGACAUGAUAAGGUUACAAUACUUCAGGCUGUUAUAU